UCCGCCGGGCGCCGUGUUGUGUUCCGUCCCGUUCGCUGGGAGAAAAACGCGACGGCGGCGGCGGAUCGAGGCGCCGGGCGGCUGCCGCGGCUCCGCCAGGCGAGGGGUCGGGGUGGGGGCUCACACACCCAGGAAACUCCGCGCACACGCAGUCGGCGACCGAGCGAGGGAGAGGGAGCGAGGGAGGGAGAGCGGGGUGCGAGCUGCUCCUAUGGAUGCCGAGGUGCAGAACACUGACUACUGAAGAGUGAGAGCCCAACAAGAUGGAGGACUGCCUUCACACGUCUUCAGAAAACUUGUCCAAACUGGUUAGCUGGGCUCACAGUCAUGGAACAAUUUGCAGUCUCAUUCCAAACCUGAAGCACUUGUUGACUGAAGGGGCCCAUGGAAACCUUACUGCAAUGUGGGGUUGUGGCGCUGGCCAUGCCUAUCACUGGCCACUAGCUGUGACCUGCAGGGCAGGCUCCCAGGACAGAGUGUGCUUUCAGGACAAUAGAAGCUUUAACUCGGAUAGCCCCAGCAUUAUUGCAGUGUCAUCUGAGGCCCAGCAAAGCCCAUCAGAGAAGUACCUUAGUAGAUCCUCAAAAGGAAAGGCAGAGUGUCCCAGAAAUAGAGAUUCCUGUGACUUUUCAUAUAGUGAACAUUCAGAGGUUGAUGAAAACGUGGAAGAAUAUGAUGAUGAAGGUGAUUUAUUUCACAUGGCAUGUGAGUCUUCGGCAACUGAUGAAGACAGUGACUAUGAGUCUCGGUUACAAAAGAACUCGUUGAAAAGACGUGAAGCAGGGCCUUCACUUGCACUGGACUCUCCAAGUCACCUUGCUCAUGAAAACAGUAAUGAAGUUAUUGUUAAAAAGAUUAAACAAGAGGGUCCUGAAGACUAUUACAUUGUGACAAAUGCUGAAAUAGCUCUAGACAAUGAGAGUUCCUCUGUUACUGUGAGAUCCAAGCUGAAAUCUGGUCCUGCUUCCUAUUUGGGGCCUACCAAAUCUUCAGCCCUCCUUCCUGCUAGUCAUAUGCCAGAAAGGACUGAGUCAAAAGGUAUCUCUAUUAUUCCACCAAACACUACGAGGACAAUGGGUCCCAAGUCUGGAAAGAGUUGUGCAGCUUCACAGAAGAAGCUGAAUGAUGGUCAAGGAACUGGGCAGCAGUUAGUUCUUCAAAUGCCUGUCAGCACUUCAGGAGGAAACCAGCAGAUCAAUAUCCCAUUGUCAGCCCUCCAGCUUCCUGGCCAAGAAGAGCAGAAUGCUUCUGAAGAGACAGGGGCACAGAUGGUAAAGACCGGAGCAUCCAGCGAGGUUUCAUUAUCUCCAUCCAUCAGCGCUGAACCUGAAGUCAGCUCAAGUCAGCAACAGUCAAGUUUACUUCAGUCUCUGGCGAAAGAUGCCAGUGCACAAUCAUCAGCAACAGCCCUUUCAGGAAAACUCAACAGGUUUCCGACAUUUGAUGGUGAAUUGAAGGAGCUCUGUACAAGUGCUGUCAGUGCCAACACUACGAAGGCAACCCUGUAUUCUCUGAAUGUAUGGCGAUACUGGUGUGUGACACGAGAGCUGAAGCAAUACAUGGACAUUACCAAGAUUCCACCUGUGAAGCUCAACGAGCUGCUGGAGGACUUCUAUGUGACCGUGAGGAAGACUGAUGGCUCUGAUUUUCUGGCCACCUCCCUUCACGCAAUCCGGCGGGGCCUGGAUCGCGUGCUGAAGAACGCCAAUGUGGGCUUCUCCAUAGGUGAUGCCAUCUAGUCCUCCACCCAGAAGCUGAAGGACAAACUGAGGAUGCUGAACAAAGCAGGCAUGUCUGGCUCGCGAUCCCGCAACAUCAUCUACUUCACUGGUCAGGAUGAGGAGGAGAUGUGGCAGGCUGGUUACUUGGGUGACACCAACCCAGUGGCUUUGCUCAGUGUGGUGGUGAAGUUCAACAGCCAGUACUUCAACAUGAGAACCUUGCAGGAGCACGUGGACCUCAUGUACGGGGAUAUCGAGCUGUUGAAGGACGCAGAGAAUAGGCCCUUCUUUGCACGGACUGACAUGGUCAAAAGAGAGAGCAAAGUCUGCAGCAACAAGCUCUGCUUUGGUCAGGUCUACCACGAGCACUCGGAAGGACUCAAGAGGUGUCCAUACUGCCUGCUGUAUAAAUACAUGUACACCCACCGGCCUCCGAGCCAGCGGGAUCCCAAAUCUCCCUUUUACCUUGUAGCCAGGAAGGAUUUCUCCCAGCUGGACAGCGUCUGGUUUGAGGAGCAGAGAAUGGGCCUCCGCUCUCUCAGGGCAGUGGUCCCCAAACUGGCAAAGAAAGUAAGGCUUGAGCAAAGCGAGAGCUUCACAUUUGUGUCCUUCACUCAGGCAUCUCUCCUCAAGCCAGGAAAGUUCCUUUCGACUGACAGCUGAGGAAAGUCUGUGGCUGUGGACCAAAAGAGUUGUUUUAACUAUAGAUCUUCUCAAUAAUGGGGGAUGGAAAAUAAUGAUCAGCCUAGCAGAUAGAAAAUGAAACACAAUGUGAAUUUAUUUGGAAGAGGGCAAUAGUUGGUUAUUUAAUCAUUCAUAAUCUUUUUGUUGCAAUGUUUUCAUUACAGGUUUGUUUUUCUAAAAGGCUACUGUCACAUAACCUCUGUAAAAUAAAACAAAACUGCAAACUAUUGCUGUGGGGAAUUUGGUGAGAAUGGGAAUUCCCUGGUAAGUAGUAGUGAGUAGUGGAGUGUUUUUUAAAUCAAGCUGUUGUCUUUAUCUUUUUAGAACAAAAAACUGCAAGUCAGUAAGAGUUAACUGGGUUCCUGACUAAGUGCUAAUAAUGUUGACUGACCAUCUGUAAGCAGUGCGUGUCUGAAGAGAUCUGGUUUUGAGAGUUGGCAAACUUAAAUGGACCUGCCACACAUCCAGAACAGGUCAAAAGCUGGGUAUCCUGUGGCAAGUGUCCCACCUACUGGUUCAUCAAAGCCUUUCCCACAUUGACAAGGUAAGACGGGAGUGCUUAAUAAGCUUAGUGCAUUCAGGACAAAGUGGCCCAUUUUAUUGACAACCCAUCCACCAACUCAAUACUCCCUUCAAUGCUGUUGCAUCAUGGCUACAGUGUGUAUCAUCUAUGACAUUCACUGCAGUUAUUCAUCUCGAUUGCUCUGACAGGACCUCCUCUCAAACCUGCAAUAUCUACCAGGAAGGACAAGACAGUGGGGAGUGGGAAUGCUCCCAAAUGCAGACCCUCCUCCAAGUUGCACACUAUUCUGACUUGGCAAUGUAUCACCAUUCCUUCAUUGACACUGGGUCUAAAUCCGAGAACACCCCAGCCAGCAACGCUGGGAGUGUCUUCACCAGAAGAACUGCAGCUGUUCAGGAAGCUGGUAGGUGGAGUAGGGCAAUAGAUACUGGCCAUGCCAGUGACUCCCAUAUCCCCUAAAUGAAUAAAGAAAAAAUCUACCUACUCUCCUUUUGAAAGAUUAAAAGAAAGAUGCUCAGAAUUUGCUGAGAUUAAAGGUGUAGUACUAAAGGGAAAGAAGGCGCUGAUUUAAAGGGACUAGGGUAAAUGUAUGAAUAAUCCAAGUUAUUUAGAACAUAGAGCACAAUACAGGCCCUUCAGCCCACCAUGUGGUGCCAACCUUUAAACCUCGCCUAAGACUAUCUAACCCCUUCCUCCCACAUAUCUCUCUAUUUUAAAUUCCUCCAUAUGCGUAUCUAGUAAUCUCUUGAAUUUGACCAAUGUACCUGCCUCCACCACCGCCUCAGGCAGCGCAUUCCAUACCCCAACCACUCUCUGGGUAAAAAACCUUCCUCUGAUAUCUCCCUUGAACUUCCCACCCAUUACUUUAAAGCCAUGCCCUCUCGUACUGAGCAUUAGUGCCCUGGGAAAGAGGCGCUGGCUGUCUACUCUAUCUAUUCCUCUUAAUAUUUUGUACACCUCUAUCAUGUCUCCUCUCAUCCUCCUCCUCUCCAAAGAGUAAAGCCCUAGCUCCCUUAGUCUCUCCUCAUAAUGCAUACUCUCUAAACCAGGCAGCAUCCUGUUAAAUCUCCUCUGCACCCUUUCCAAUGCUUCUGCAUCCUUCCUAUGAUGAGGCAACCAGAACUGGACACAGUACUUUGAGUGUGGUCUAACCAGAGUUUUAUAGAGUUGCAUCAUUACCUCGUGGUUCUUAAACUCGAUCCUUCGACUUAUGA